GUGGCAAAGCACAGACUUCCUGUUUCACCCACUGCCAUCUCCCUGCUGUUCUCUCAGUCUUCCAGGAGUGAUCCCUGGACCGGGAAAGGGGCAGGAGCAGGUGGCUGACCCAGCAUCCAGGAUGUUCACCAUGACCAGCGCCUUAGAAGAGGCUCUUCUCCAGCACUUCGUAUACCAGAAGCUGGAGAUUGCCUAUGCCAUAUACAAGCCAUUUCCCUUCCUCGAAGGCCUCCGAGACGGCUCCUUCAUCACGGAGACAAUAUACCGGGAAUCCAUGGAAGCCUGUAGAAAUCAGGUCCCCGUACCCAGAGUGGUGUACAACAUCCUCACCCACCUGGAAAAGACCUCCAAUCUGUCAUUUCUGGAGAUGCUGUUCAGCCGAAUUAACCUGCGUGAAUACCCCAACCUGACGAUGAUUCUCAAGGGCUUCAGAAGUGUUGUCAAUUCCUACGGAGGAUGGAACAGAGCUGCGCUGACCCUCCUCGAAACUCCAGCCAACCCAGGAGGAGGGCGCUCCCUCCAGACGGCGCUGCAGCUGCCCCCACCCCAGAGCCACCCACCCCAUGCUCCCAGUGUCACUGAGCCCAGCGCAUCCACACAGCACAGCGCUGAGAUCACGGGCGAACCAUCCAGCCCUUCUGACCCUGCUGUGGCUCUCCCCAGAACCACCCAGGAAGGAAGGAUCACUCCAGUGCCCAAUGACAACUUAACAUCCCAAAUAAAUGGUGAAGAAGACUCACAAGAGAUGCCCGGCACUCCCCCUGACACUGUGCAAGUGAUAACAGAUGACUCUCCUGAACCAAAUGACCCCAAAGAGCUCCAGGAGGCAUCCAACACACUUCCCAACAAGAAAGGAAAGAAAAGAAAAAGAAGUAUCUGGUCAACUCCAAAAAAGAGACACCAGAAAAAAAGGCUCCCAAAAGGGAGAACCUCACCUCGGCACAGAAGCCAAGAGAAGCUCCAAGUGGUGGAUCAGGCAACUCAAAGGAAGGAUGAUUCACCCAGGAAGUCAAAUGUCAUGACAAGUGUCCAAAAGGCAAGCACCGAAUGUGCCCAAACCUCUGGACCCAAGGAAACCAGUGAUGACUCUUCAGAAAUGGAUGAAGAAAAGAGCCCCCAGGAGCCAUCCAGCACACCACCAAGCGUCCUGCACAAGGAAAAAGCCAAAGAUGAAACUGUGGAUUUUCUCUCUCCUGAACUUCCUGUGACUUGUGGUGAAGCCAAAGGCAUUUUAUAUAAGGAGAAAUUGAAACAAGGAUCCUCAGAGAAGUGCAUUCGGAAUGAGGCGGGGGUCUGGUUCACACCAAAAGAAUUUGAAAUCGAAGGAAAACGGGCAAAUACAAGGAAAUGGAAGCAGUCUGUGCAUUGCAGAGGAAAGACCUUAGAAGAGCUGCUGAAGAAAGGACUUUUACUCUGUCCUCCAAGAAUAAGUGUCAAGAGAGAGUGGGAAAACUCCAAGGAAUGUGAGGUGUGCUGUAGAGGGGGACCACUCUUCUGCUGUGACACUUGUCCAAGAGCCUUUCAUGAAGACUGUCACAUCCCGUCUGCAGAGGAGAGGAGCCCAUGGAGUUGCACCUUCUGCAAGAUAAAGGAGUCUUCGGGAAGGCAGCAGUGUCACGGGGAAUCUGAGGUCCUGGAGAGGCAGAUGCAGCCUGAGGAGCAGUUGAAAUGUGAGUUCCUCCUCUUGAAGACCUACUGUCAUCCACAAAGCUCCUUUUUUGCAGAAACCCCACCUAAUAUUCGAGAUUAUGGAGAGCCCUUUAAGGAAGCCAUGUGGUUGGACCUGGUUAAGGAAAGGUUGACAGAGAAAGUGUACACAGUGGCGUGGUUCGUUCGCGACAUGCGCCUGAUCUUUCGCAACCAUAAAACAUUUUACAAGGCUUCCGACUUUGGUCAGAUAGGACUGGACUUGGAGGCAGAAUUUGAAAAGGACCUCAAAGAGGUGUUUAUUUUUUACAAAGCCAAGGAGAACAGCUUCCAGACUCUUUGA